GGGCCGCUGGGGCCCGGCCGAGCUCUCGCGCAUGCGCGGCUACACUCGCUGUCUCUCUUGGUCGCAGGCUGGAGGAACGCGCGAGGUGACGCGGCUGCGCGCGACCCCGGGCCAGCGCGCGACCCCGGAGCGUGGGCGGAGCCGGAGGAGGAACCGGCCCGGGAGGUGGGAAGGUGACGGCAGCGACCCCGCCCCUCAGGCCACUCCUCCUUCUCCCUGUCGGGAGCGGGGGGCGGGUCACUAGUGUUAGGUCCCUGCGCCCGUGCCCCGCGAUGGGGACCGAGCCCCGGCAGGCGGGGGCCGCUGUCACGACGCUGAGUGAUCUAGCGGAUGUCUGAAAGUUGACUUGAGCAUAAGCAGUGAGAUGUUUUCCCAUUUGGGGUCUGUGAGGAGGUUGUGUCUGGAGAAAAUAUUGCUACAGUGGGUUCUUCAGGCAAGACCUUUGUCAGGGGCUGAAGUCUUCAAUGCUCUCAGACCUUUCUAUUUUGCUGUGCAUCCAGAUUUCUUUGGCCAGCAUCCCAGAGAGAGGGAAAUCAAUGAAAACUCUCUUAAGAGGUUAAAUGGCUAUUUGGAGAAUCUCCAGAAACCAGGAUUUAAGUCUUUUAAGCCAACUCAACUCACUUUUUACGUGAGAGAGAGAGAACAAAACUCUUCUGAUGUCCAAGAAUCCUUCAGUGCUGCAGUGCCUUAUCUACUACCCAUUGAUGUCAAUUGGCAUUGUAUCAGGCCCUUAAAGGCCAUCCCAGGUUUUCGAGCUGUCAGUUUUACUUUGCACACCAGGGACUUACUAAGCACAGUAUUAGACAUUCUCAACUCCUGCAGCUUAUCUACUGAGCAUGUCCAAUGCGUGAACUCUCAACCUCACAAAGAAGUAAAAGGGACGUUUUAUAGGCCUAUCAAAUGGGACAAGACUUAUUACUCAUUUACUGGAUUCAAGGAUCCUGAGGAAGAACUAGAACAAGCCCAGAGGGUGGAAAUUACUCUAAUCUCCUGGUUAGAUAAUAGUGAAAAAAGUGCAGUAAAGAAGCUGAGAAACAGCUUACCACUUAGGGAAGAACUAAACCGUUUAAAAGAUGACCUCACUCAUCAGCUACAGCUCUCUGAUAUCAGGUGGCAAAGAAGCUGGGGUAUUGCGCAUCGUUGUAGCCAGCUACACAGUCUAGGUCGUUUAGCUCAGCAGAGCCCAGAAGUACUAAGGAACGUUAAAGGACACACAGUAGUAUUCACGGACUGUUCAGGUAUGAGUGCAACAGGCCAUGUCAUGCUAGGCACAAUGGAUGUUCACCACCACUGGAUCGAAAUUUUUGAGAGAUUGCCUAGCUAUUAUAAACUUCAAAAGAAGAUGCUGCUUUUGGAGGACCGUAUAAGUCAUCUUCUAGGAGGCAUACAAAUAACAUACAUUGAAGAACUGCAACCACUGCUAACUCUUGAAGAGUAUUACACCACUCUUGAUGCUUUCUAUAAUAGAUUGCUAAACAGUAGGCUAUCGUUUCACCCUCGUAGUCUGCGUGGCUUGCAAAUGAUUCUAGAAAGUGAUAGGUAUGCUCCAAGCUUGCAUGAACUUGGUCAUUUUAACAUCCCAACAAUGUGUGAUCCAGCAACCCUUCAGUGGUUUAUUAUUACCAAAGCACAGCAAGCAAGAGAGAAUCUGAAAAGAAAGGAAGAGUUGACAGUGAUGGAAAAAGAGCUAAUCAGUGCUUCCACUGAAAAAUUUUCUCUGAAACAGCUGUAUAAGGAGCCAAGUAUUUCACAUGCACAGAUGAUAGAUUGUUGUAAGCGACUGCUGGAAGAAUCACUCCCAUACCUGCAAGGCAUGCACCUCUGCAUUUCACACUUUUAUUCAGUGUUGCAAGAUGGAGACCUCUGUAUCCCUUGGAACUGGAAAAGCUGAGGCCUGUCUAAUAGGCAGAGGAACUGUCUGUUUUCACUAAGAGGCUAUAAACAUGAAUUUUCUUUUAGAGUAAAUUAUUUAAACAUGUAUUUUGAUAUCAGUCACUAAGCCAAGAAUUUUCCUUUUAAUUGCUGCUCAGAAAGUAGAACUUCAGUUCUUGACAGCUUACUGAAUAAUGUACAGUAUAGCUAGUUCAUGCAUAAAAUUCUGUACGGUUUCCAUACUCCUCUUGAAGUCCCAUCAUAGGGAAGGGGUAAUGAAAGGGCAUUUUUGAUAGUUAAACAAAACUUUUGAAUUGGAUUUGAAGGUUACAAAAAGGGUUUUGGUUUGUUUGUAAUGUACAUGAAUAUUCCAGGAUGGAUUUUGUAAAGUUCAUAGAAAUUGUACCUUUAAAGCCAAGCACUAUGUACUAACUAAAGUAGGUGACUAACUCGAUUCAAAAAUUAAGACAUAACUUGUCAAAGUAGUUUUAGGGGCAGCAAAAGCUGUAGAAGUAAUUCUAGAGUCCUUUAUAUAUCAUUAAUUAUCUGGUGCCAAUAUUGUAGUUACAUAUUGCUGUAUAUCUUACUAUAUAAGAAAUACAGAAGAAUGAAAAAUCCUUCAGUGUUUUUAUAUGCAGACAGGAAAAGUACUUUGAACAUUUGUUUAAGAGGAGUUUAUUUUAAAUAUCAAUCCAAUAUCUGCCCAUUGGAGUAGGUGUUCACACUUAAAUAUUUGACAUCUUUGUAAAUAUAUCUCCAAUCUACAUUAUUGUUACUAUCAUUUGUUACUGGAGUAUAAAAUGCAUCAAUUGUUUUUAAGUACACUGUAGCUACGGACAUGACUAUGAAACUCUUACUCACACUGGUGAGCGCUGAUUUGCAUGACUAGUCUCAAUGAAAUCUAGGGAUGGUAGAAGUCAGUGUGACUACUCAUAACAGUAAGUGCUCACUAAUGUAAGUAUGAGGUUCACAAUCGACCCUGAGGAUCAGGCAUAAUGAAUUUUAUUUAUACUUGAUAACUCCAAUAGCUGAUUGAGAGCUUAUUUUCUGAGUAAAUGUUAGACCCGUUAAAAAGCUGCUGUUUCACUGUAUUUCACACUAAAAUACACACCAUGUUUGAGUUCUACAUCUUGCGAAAUCGUCUGAAAGGAACUAGCCAGUUAACAUUUUUUGGACUUGGAUUCAUCUUUCAGAACUGGCAAAAAUACUGUAAAAUAAAUGUGUAUAAAUUAUGUAUAUUAUUGUUUGUGUUGUUAAGAUUGCCCACCACCUCCCAUUAUAAGAUCAUGUUUUCACUUGCUUAUAACUUUGCUGUACUUUAACAGUUUGGGCCCAGAUUUUCAAUACUAGGUGUCUGCCUUCGGCUGGAUUUUUUGGAAAACUUCAGCUGAAAUGGUUCACCAUUUCUGAGAAUGAAGCAAAGGAAAAAAUAUUAUUUAGUCCAUGUUAAAUAUUUCUUGCUCUUCUUUGAACUGCCUUAGCACCCCUGUGCUUUGGAGCAAGAGGGUUGAUUUUUGUGUCAGGGAUGUGACUCUUGUCUUCCCCAUGAAAAUCCACUUGAAUUUGGCCAAGUUUUAAGUCUUUGAAGAAUUGCAUUUUGCACAUGCACAGUAGAGCCUUGCUAGAGCUUAACUGCUAAAACUUCUAAAAAUUCCAUCCUCACUGAGUAUGCUCCAACCAACUGAGAUGUGAAAACUGAGGAAUGGAGGCUGGGAGUGACCAGGUGAGGAGAAUGGGACUGACACAAGGGAUCAGGACUAGGGAAGAGACAGGACUGAGACAAGUUGGAGGGGACAGGAUGGGACAGAAGGGGUCAGGCUUGGGGGAAAUGGGAAGGAGAGUCUGUGCCCACUGGAGCACGGGUUCUAUUCUAGACUCCCCAUUCAGUGUCUACAAUAGAACCCAAGAUUGCAGAGUCUCACCAUUCCUUUGCUGUCUGCAAACAUCUGUGCAACCCUUGUCGUAGUGUGUGUCCCAUUUCCCACUAGUACUGGUCCACGUAGAGGAUGACAACCUACUCCUGCUAUCAGUUACUCUAUUGGCACUAUUGGAGAGGUCUGUGUGGUGAAUCUAAAGGUUUCAAUUCUGUUGGUGACCCAUGAGGUUGUCAAUAUGAUGUCACAUUGUGGAAUUUGUUUUUUCAGUUUCUUUAAAAAAAUAACUAGGAAAUAAUACACAAACUAUGUUGAAAAUACAGUAUUAAGGUUGCAAAAUUAAGCACUCAAAAGUUAUGAAAUACCAGAAUGUAGAUUGCGUAACUCAACCCUCAGUAUUCUUUACAUCUAUUUUUUGUGUGGAAUGAGAAAAAAGGGUGGUGAUCAAUAAUAAUAAAAAUCCAAAGCCAGUUUUAUUUUUGAGUAUUCACUGAUUUAAUGUUUAGUAAUCAUAUUGGCUGAGACUUGAGACUUUUUCUUCUCUCUUGUUUAGAAAUUUUGGCUACUUAAAACCAAAUACUUGAAGGAAAGGUGGGUAACAAUUCUUGAAUCUCAACUCGUGAUCAAAGAUUUAAGAGAGGUGGACCACCCGUUAUCAAACCAGCACAUUUCAGAUCAUGUCAUUCAGACUUCAAGAAGUAGUUUAGUCUUUACCAUUGUUGUAGAAAAUUAACCACUCAUUGUUUUA